CGUUGACCAUAACAUCUUAACACAAUACGUACAAAUUAGUAACAAUGUUAAUGAAUAGCAUUAUAUUAAAUAUAUAAAUUAAAUUCAUAUGCCUUGGUAAAUUUUAUUUUUUUAUAUAAAAAAUACAAAAAUGAAGCGAAUGAAGAGGCAUAAAAUUAAAAGAGAGAAACCUGAGUCGUCCGCUUCAAUAUCUCGGGAGCAGGAGGAGCACGAUUUAGCGUAUUACAUACACGAUCGCGUGGAACUGGUUCAUCAAAUAUUUUCCUCUAUUAAACCGAAAGAUCUCAAAUCAAUGACUCCGGAAUGUAUCCGGCAUCUCUCCACUGAUAACGUAAAGGAACUGUGUACUGAGGAGCUACUGGGUAUUAGUUCGAAACGGCUGUGUGCAAUACUAGAUGGGGCAGAGCCUCCCUCUGAUACAGAGUCCUCGAGCCCGUCGCUGUCGCCAGAACAUAUGGAGACCAUAUCACUGGACAGCAUCUCUUCCGAUGAAGACUUGCUCAGUCAGACCAGCAGCAAGAAGAGUAAAAAGCACAAACACCGGCGCCACGGCUCCAAGUCGAGGAAGAGAAGCAAGAAGCGCAAGCGGGCGGAGGAGGAGGCGCACGAGGGGGAGGAGGAGGAGGAGGAGGAGGAGGAGCAGCAGGCGCGGGCGUCGCGCGCGGGGCUCACGGUGCUGGAGCUGCUGGAGCUGCAGGCGCGCGCCCGCGCCAUCCGCGCGCAGCUGCAGCAGCACCGCGCCGCAAAGAGUUCGAGUGAGCUUGCACCAGCAGCGUCUAACAAGACAGAUUCGUCGAGCGAUGACGAAGUGGAGGUGAAGGAGGAGCCGGCCGAGGUUGUGGAAAUAAGCAGCAGCGAAGACGAAAAACCGCAGAUUAACGAAGUAAUACCGUCGUCGUCAUGCAAAGAACCCGAUAACACGAACACCACGCAAAAAGUAACGAAAAGAAUAAACGAUCUCAUAAUCACAGUACCACAAGCGAAGACGACGAAAAAAAUUAAAUUAAAAAGAAACAAUAAAAUAACAGUGCCCUCCGUUAAAAAUACAAAUUGUCCUUCCGAUGUAGAAACAACAGAUGUGGUUCAAAAAUCGGAACAUAGUUCAGUGGUUGCGACAACACAUACCGUCACAAAUACGGAUAAUAGAGAAGAGAAAGUUAAACAUUUAGAGAAAGAUGCAAAAUCAAAGGAAAAGCAAAAAAAGAAAUUAAAGAAAAAAGACAGGAAGAAAAAUGUUGAAAAAGAUGGAAGUGAUCACGACGAGAUAACUCUGCAACUGUCUGAUAGUGAGAAAAUGGAUUUACUUGAGGACUUAGACCAUAAAAACUUUGACAAAGUUUCAAGUUCAAGUUCAGAAGAUUCUGAAAGCAGUAGUUCCGAUUCAGAAGAUGGAAGUGACUCUGAAACUACAGAAGUGGACGAGAAAAGUAAAUCUCCAUUAAAAGAUAAUAUUGAAAACAAUACAACAACAGUUCAAACUAUGAAUACGUCGACUGAAACGAGUAAACAAUUAGAUGAGAAAGCUGAAACAGUAGUGAGUACCUUGACUGCAAAUGACAAUGCUGAAGAAAAUAUAGAUAUACAAAUAAAUGCAUGUACUGAGGUGGAAUCGAUGGAAAUAGAUAAGAGAUUAGAAAAUGACAAUAAACAAAUUGAAAAUUUGUCUGAAGAAGUUGAAAAAACAAUUAACCAAAUUCAACCCCAAGAAAGUGAAACUAUUGUGAUUCAAGACGAACGAAUAGAAACAACUGAUCCUAAUAUUAUAACAGAUAACUCUCAAGAAUCAGAAGUAAACAUUGAAACGCAAAAAGAACUUGAAACUGAUAAUGGAAAUGCAGAUUGUGAUGUAGAUGAUGCACAUAGUGAUGCAGUUGAAGAUAUACAGAGCACUGAAGCAACAUGUAAUAUUGUUACAAUACAACAAGAAAAAGUAAAAGAAAUGUCUGAUGGUGAAAUAACAGAUCGAGAUAGUUCAGAAGUUGAAGUUUUUGAUUUUAAACCUGAAAUUGUCUACAUAUCGGAUGAAGAAACAAACAAAAGUCACAAGAAAAAGAAGAACAAAAAGAAAGAGAAGAAGAAUAAGAAAGAGAAGAAAUCUAAAAAGUCGAAGUCGGAUUUUCGUGAAGAUUGCGAUCAAAACUUUUAUAAGAACUCAGUGAUCGAAAUUCUCGACAAUACGACGUGUGCAGAUGAUAAAAAAGAUGAAUUGUCUACUGAUAAUAGAAAUAAUGUAGCUUUGGAUGACAAUCAAAUAAAUAUUCAGUCAAAUCAUACAAUUGAACUAAAUCAAAUUGUAGAUGAUGAAAAAUUUAUCAUUAUUGAUGAAAAUGAUGUUUAUGAAAUUUUUGAAUUGUCCGAUGAUUCGUCUUGUUAUGAAGUAGAAGGCACAGUUCUAUCAAAGGAACCUACAGCGGAAGAAAUAGAAGCUUUAUCUGCCAAAAUAGAUGAAAUAGAUAAUAGACAAGAGGUUGUCACGGAGGAGGAAAUCCGUGAACACGAAAGAGCAGAAGCACAGAAGAAUGUAUUGUACACAAAUGAUAACAGUGUCGAGAAUAUUUCAUGGAAAGACAGAUAUUUGGAGAGUAAAAAAGUUAAAAGGGUACUGUGUACUUCAAACAUACUGAAUGCUCUGAGAAAGAAAAAUAAAGAGUUGAAAAGAAAACUAGAAGAAUCUAAGCAUAAAGAAGUAGAUGUAGAUAAAGAAAGACCAGACGUAGAUGUAGAAAAUAAGAGUAAUUUAGAAGAAGGUUCAAUAGAUCAUUACAAUACGUUGGAAGGAUCAACCAAAUAUGUAGAUCCUGUGAAAGAGACUGUAACUGAGAAGGAGGGAGAAAUUGAGGCACAUAAUAAACAAAUAUUGGCCAUAGUAACUAGAGAAAUGAAGAAAGAUGCAAAACAAAUAUUGAAAAUGUACAAAAGAUUAUUAAAAUACAAUGACAUGAAUAAAAAGAAAGACCCAAAUAAACAGAAAGAUCUAAGUAAAAAGAAGAAGAAGAAGCUAAAGAAAAAAAAAGAGGAAAAAACAAUAAGUGCUAGUGAUUCACAGUAACAAUUAAUUGAUAGUAAUAUUGUAAUAAAAUAAAUAAAAUAUCCAUUUAUAGUCCAACAUAAUUUUAAGUUUUUGGAGUGUGUCUUCAAAUAAUUUCUUCCACAUAUGCCAUAUUUUGGGCUGACCUCAUCCACAUUGAUCCUUUUUCCAUCACUAGCGCAUCUACCUACCGUCUGUUUGGUCGAUCUCUCUUUCGUGUCUUCUAUUUGUCCACCUACUAUUGUCUUACAUACGAGGUUUGUCCGGAAAGUACGUAUAAAAGUUUUUUAAAAAUUUUAUUUUACAAUUAUUCAGGUAAAUCAAUUUUAUCCCCUUCAAAGUACUCCCCCUGUGACAUAAUGCACUUGUGCCAACGCCGUUUCCACUGUGAGAAGGCUCCUUGAAAGUCCUCUGGUUGUAGGUUUCUCAGCUGCCCCGUCGUAGCUUUUUUUAUCUCAUUUAUGUCCCCCAAAUGCCGCCCCCGAAGUACCAAUUUGGUUUUUGGGAACAAGAAGAAGUCACACGGGGCCAAAUCCGGCGAAUAGGGGGGGUGUUCGGUCACCGUAAUGGAAUUUUUACUCAAAAACUCACGGACAACAAGAGGUGUGGGCAGGGGCAUUGUCGUGGUGAAGAAUCCAACGCCCCUCUCGCGCCAAUUCUGGACGAACUCGUGCCACACGAGCUUUGAGGCGUCUGAGCACAUCGACGUAGAAUUUUCCAUCAACUGUCUGGCCUGGAGGGACGAAUUCUUGAUGGACAAUCCCCCGAACAUCGAAAAAAACAAUCAACAUUGUCUCGGCCCUCUCUGAAUCUUUUUAGCCACUUGUGGACGGUUGGUUCCUUCACAGCAUCAUCCCCAUAAACUGUUCUGAGAUCGGCAAAAAUUUCACGGCCAUUCUUGCCGAGUUUCGAGAGAAACUUGAUUACGACGCGCUGCUCUUCAACGGAAGCGGGCUCCAUGCCGACGGGGUUUCGUUAAGAGGUAACUUCACAGAUGGCGUGACAAGCCAGUUCGCACCGCACGGCGGUCAGACCAGAACUGAAGCAUUGUUAGGGACAUAAGGAAGGGGUCCUGCGCUUACCUGGCCUCCCCACUCCUCUUUCUCGCAUUCCAGAACACUUUUAUACGAACUUUCCGGACAGACCUCGUAUAUGUCCGGCCAAUAUU